AUGCUUUUCACCACGAUCUGCGUCGUCCUGUGGUACACUGUGGCUACACUCAGAUACCCUAACGAGAUUACAGAUACCCCGUUAGUACUGUGUGAACCAGAACGAAUUAUCAUAAAGAUCCAUACAACAUCGUCGAAUCCUUCUCAUAUCUAUGCCGAUAAUUUCGCCGACGAUCCUGACUGCUCGUCCCGAAAUAUGAACAAGGUCUCACUGAGACAUGGGAUGUGCGGAAUGAGUACUGAAGAAACCGACAAUCCUUCUGGCGUGAUACAACGAGUGUGCAUCUCCGUCCAGUUGCACCCACUCUUCGUCACCGACGCCGACAGAAGUUAUUGCGCGCAAUGUGUGUACGUCAGAAGCCAUGUGGUUGGCGACUUCGAAUCGUCACUGGACGUCAGUGAGUCGCUGCCGACGGAACUUGCGCCGCAGUUCGACGUGGAGGCGAUGCCGAAGUGCUCGUAUACUAUCCGGAAGGGCUCGGAGAGUGGUCCCGAGGUGCACUAUGCCGUCGUCGGCGAGAGCGUCUAUCACGUCUGGCGGUGUCCAGGAGAGAAUACCGGAAUUCUCGUACAAAAUUGUUUCGUCGAGGACGGUCAAGGUAACAGAAUACUCAUCAUCGAUCAGAAUGGGUGUGGAGUCGAUCAAUAUGUAAUGGGAACACCGGAGUACAGCCCGGACUUGACGUCUGCAUUUCAGGAGACAAGUGUCUUCAAAUUCGCUCAGAGAACAAUCACCCGCUUCAUCUGUCAAAUCCGAAUAUGUUUACGAAGUGAUGAUUGCGAAAAGCUUACGCCGCCCAGCAUCUGCCCCACUCUCCAGGAGCGCCUCGCGAACGUCAAGCCUCUCCGGGACGAGCCGCUCGACGGCACGAAGCGGAUCCUGAAGCUCGAACAGUUCGAUUUACCUUCGUUACUAUUCCUCGUGUUAUCCUAUGAUCCGGCGCGUCACCGUCGUGAGCUUUCUGGACAGCGCUUCUCGACGUCGAAUGGCUACCCGGAGAUCGAUCUUGUCGGCGAGUUGAAGGUUCUCGAUACCGUCGAGGAUGUAAUGUAUUUCGGUACAUAUUUUCAAGACUCUGACGCCAUACGAAGUGGAGAAUGUAAUAGUAGCUGCGCGAUUGUUUUAAGAACAAGAAUAAAGAUUCUGCGAAGCAAAGGGAUCUCAAACUUGAGUAAUUGA